AGUGGUUGAAGAGUGCAAAAGUAGACCUAUAUUGACGAACAAGUUUCUCAUAGUUUUAGCCUCGCUGCAGUGCCGCUGGGAAAAAGGGCGCUGCCCGGGAACACCGCGUGUGUGUACGAAACCGUACCGUAAAGGGGGUAUUCAUGCGCCACGGGAGGUUUGGGCGGUUUGGGCGUAUUUCGGGAUUCUAGAAACGGCAGUUCUUUCUAUCGUAUCGUCGUACCCUCAUAGAAUUCAUCUACCGUAGAAAAUGGCAGACACUAAAGCCCCUGAAAUUCUUGAGUCUCCAGACGUUGAGGAAGUAGACUCCAACUACAAACCACCACCUGAGAAGACAAUUGAGGAGAUUCUCGCUGCUGAUAAGGAGGAUGAAAGUCUUCGUAAAUAUAAAGAAGCUCUUUUGGGAGAUGCAAAGGCAGGAGCUGUCAUAUUUGAUCCUAAUGAUGAGAGGAAAGUCAUUGUCAAGAAGCUUGCUUUGUGUGUUCCGGACCGACCAGACAUGGAACUUGACCUUACUGGUGAUCUUUCCCAGCUGAAAAAACAGGUUUUCACCAUCAAGGAAGGUGUAUCCUAUAGAAUUCGUAUUGAUUUUAUAGUCCAACGUGAAAUUGUUCAUGGUUUGAAAUAUGUGCAGAAGACCUACAGGAUGGGGGUUCCAGUAAGCACUAUACCAGUUGACAAAAUGACACACAUGGUGGGCAGUUACCCGCCAAAGCUUGAAAUGCAGUCGUACACAACGCCGGCAGAGGAUGCACCCUCUGGAAUGAUGGCAAGAGGAAGUUACUCUGUUCAAUCACUGUUCACUGAUGAUGACAAACAUGAGCAUCUUAAAUGGGAGUGGGCUUUUGAAAUUAAAAAAGAUUGGAAGGAAUAAUUUGAGCUUUGUCCCCGCAAACCUGCAAGUAUAUAAGAAAAAAAUAAUAAGCUUUGCAUUUGGGAGUUACGCAUUUUAGUUUCCCUUAUCUCCAGAACUGAAUUGACAGUUACUUGUCUAUGUAAAAUUUUGCAAUAACUGAAAGGACUGAUUUAGAAAGAUUGGGUUUGAUCAGAUCUUGUCAGAUGUGAAGCUGAAAUCUAUGAUUUAUAUAAUUAUUAAGUAUUAAAAGUGUUGACAUGUACCUAUGGUUCAUGUAACUUGUACUCCUGCUGGUCUCAUAUUUCUGUCUGUGACAUUUUGGAAAAUGCUAAAGAUAGUAUGCAGUAAUGUAAUAGAUUUCAUGCUCGUACCAAGGUUUGGAUCAAAGAAUUUAGAUGCUAGUGUUUUGGUAUUUUUUAUGUAAUGCUUACAUGAAAUGGAAGUAAUCAAACAAAUUGGAGAAAAAUUUUAAUACAAACAUUUCAAUUUGUGUAAUUCGUGUGGAUCAAAUUUAAACCUAUUUUGUUUAGAUCUCUACUUUGUUUGGUUCCAUGAAUCCUUUUCACAAUUUGAGGCAAGAUAGGGUAUUUAUAGCAUAGCUUUUAUUUGGUGUCCCCAAUAAUUUUGGAUUUUCUACCUGAAGGUAUGUGGUGUAAAACAGUAUUGUAGUUUACAUUCACCUCUUUGAAUAUUUUAUGCCAUUGUUUUGUAUCAUUUUCUCAACUAUUUGUUGACAGAUAUUUUUGAGACUAUUACGUAAUAUUAGCAGUUGUAUGGACCAUUAAUAAUUUGACCACUUAGAGAUUGGAUUGGAGUAUAGCUUUACUUUCCUAAUAGCAUUGCAUCAAAACCUUAUUAGUUUUAGAACCUGUAAAAAAAAUUCCCUCUUUGAUUACUUUCACUAUCAGUGCCAAUACCUCUAAUGUUUAGUUGUGAGUACUGUUUUUGAUUGUAAUUGUAAUCUGCUGAGCGAUGCUUUUCUAAUCCAGUAUUUGUUUUAUUGCUACCUGCUCACUUAUUCACUUUUGUGAAUCUCAGGUAGAAUCCUUUUGUGGUACUUUGGGACAUGUCUCUAUGCUUUCAUGUCGUGGAACUUUUGAACUACCAGUGCUCUAUAUAUUUUAGUUGUGAAUAUUUGUAUUUUUUAUCCCGGAAAGAAAAAAAAUACUUUUAGAAGUGUUACUAUGCAGAUUUUGCUCUCUUGUUUAUAGUUUGUUUGACUUGUAUUGAUAAAUUCCAUCAUGGGGACAACAUUAUUAAUUCAUGGAAAUCAAAUGUAUUUUAGUGGAGGUUCUUUAAAGGUAGCAUUCCUUCGGCUACAUUGUUUGUGCUUAUGCCAGAUAUGCCUCACUUAUGGUUUUGGAUUCCAACUUUUGUCCCUGUCAGUUUGAUUAUGAAAGAGACAGCUCUUUCCUACCAUAGAUUUUCAACGUACCAUUUUUAUUUAUUUCUUGUAUGGAAUAUGGCAUUUAAUGUGGAAAAUCUGCUUGGAUAGCAUGGAACUGAAAAUAAUAUUUACCCUAUCAACUCAUGCUAAGUUGUGAUAAUGUACGUUUACUUUUACUCAGUGAGCUGCUUUGAGUGUUCUGUUUUCAUACUUAUGUUAUGUUACUUCAGUGCUUGGAGGGAUUCGGGUGCCAUUUGGGAAUCUAACCUUAUACAACCCAAAUUUCUGUUCUGUUUGGUGUGUAUUUGUGUUACCAAGUUAUGUAAAGCAAUGCUUUCCUUUGUUUUGUGUGGUAGAUUAAAAGUUUGUGUGAAGCUGAAGAGCUAAUAUUUUUUGAAUUACCUAGAUUAUACAUACAGUAGUAUUCAAGAAGUUGCAUUUGUAUACUUAUUUUCCUAAAGGAGUUUUCAAUUUGGUAGCCUUUGUAAAUCAGCAAGGUUACAAUUAUGCAUUUUCUAAAUUUUUUUCGUGAAAUGAUUUUUAUUUUGAAAUAAUUGUUGUCUUAGUUUUAUACAUAUUUUCCUAACGUAAUUCAAAUGAAAUUGUAUUCUUUACCUGAUCUGUUUUAUGUUAAUAGGGUUUUAAUUUGUGCCUUUGCUCAGAACCAAACUUAAUCAUUCAGCCUUAAUAAAAACUACCUAGUCAACGUAAAUCUUUUGAGUUGAAUCCUUAGCCAAAUCCUUUAGAGGUAUGGUAGAGAACCGUGAGGAUUUUUCUAGAAAGUUACCUAGUUAAAACAAAUAGCUAUUUGGCCCAAAUUCAUCUGACUACAUUUUUGUGUCAAAAUAAAACCUGAUCUGUUUCAGUGCA